AUGCUCACAGCAAUCAUUGUUCCUGCACUGGGGCCAUGGGACACAGAGACCCAGAGACCUCUCCAGGCCAUUGCUGUUUGUUCUGUCUUGGAGCAGUGUGAGGAGAGGAGAUCAACCCCCAAACUGAGCAAGGCCUGCACACUGCUGCACCCCUGUGUCCCACUCAGAUGUCCCGCCACCAUUGCCAUCAUACCCAAGAGAAAGGAUGAAGGGGAUACUAAAGGAGAUAAAGCCAAGGUGAAGGAUGAACCACAGAGAAGAUCUGCCAGGUUAUCAGCUAAACCUGCUCCUCCAAAGCCAGAGCCCAAGCCUAAAAAGGCCCCUGCAAAGAAGGGAGAGAAUGUACCGAAAGGGAAAAAGGGGAAAGCUGAUGCUGGCAAAGGUGGAAAUAAUCCUGCAGAUAAUGGAGAUGCCAAAACAGACCAGUCACAGAAAGCUGAAGGUGCUGGAGAUGCCAAGUGAAGUAUGUGCAUUUUUGAUAACUGUAUUUCUGGUGACUGUACAGUUUGAAAUACUAUUUUUUUAAAUCAAGUUUUGUAAAAAUGCAGAAUUUUGUUUUAUUUUUUUUAAGCUGUGUUGUUAGCACACAGAACACUUCAUUGUUAUUUUUUUUGGGAAAGACAUAUAGUACUAAUAGAAUAUCUUCAAAGCUAGAUUGACAUAGGGGAGAAAUACCUUUCCCUUCUAGUUUUGGGAAAAUUUCUCUUGGUUCCUGGGAGGAGGGAUCUCUUGAUGUUGGCACACAUUAGCCAUCUUGGCACAAACACCUUGUCGUGUGGGAAAACUAAAAUUCAUGUUUAUGCCCUUUUCUCCCUCUCCACUAUAAGCAUAGACUUUGGCUGUCUUAAGCCCAGAGACCUACUGGGAUCUGAUCUAAAAAAAUUGAUUUCCAGUAUGUUGGGCAAACUGGAUUUUCCAGUGUCACCGUUGAGAUGACAUUCCUCAAAAGAGAAGCAGUUCUUUUUUUAGAUUGUGGAUCUACAGAUUGAUAUUCUCUGCCAUUUUCAUUACAUUUCCUGAAAUUCAGGGUCAGCUUGUGAAAAGUUGUU